AUGCAGAACCUAGACGUCACCCUGGAGAGGGGCAUCACAUAUGAUCUGGGGAACAUUACCUACUUUGCCAACACAAGAUAUCCGAGAAGCACGGUUGAACCAGAGUCCGUCAGGAACAUCAGCCUCAGCUCCAGUGGGUUUACACCGAUCACAGUGCUCAUGGUCAACGAGAGCGUGAUUACUGGUAAGCUCCUAGAGUCGACAAUCAACAGCUACCUCGCGGGUGACGAUGUUUUCUCAGUCGAUUUUCUCGGCCAGAUCUACAUUUCGUCUCCUCUACCCAAGGUGACUCUUGACACAUCAUCUCUCAAUUACCUGGAGAGCAUGGGUGUCCGUCAUCUCUACCUGGACUCCACAGUAUUCAAUCAUAUCCCAAACCAUGCUAUUCCAGUACGCAGCAACGACCAUCACAUGCCAUCCGGUCCCUACACGGCCUUGGUAUCAGACAAGUCAAUCAGCUUCUUCAAUACCUACCGACUGUAUGAAGACAACUACCGCAACUUCAUCACCGGGGCAUAUCCAUCCAACGACGGCAUGGACUCCUUCAACCCACUCCCCGCCAUGCGCUCUCGAGUAUGGGCACCCCUGAUCCCAGUUCCCAGCCGGAUCUACUCCUGGAACGACUCACGCCCAUUGGCAGGCAAACGAGUCGCCAUCAAAGAUCUCUUCGACAUCAAAGGCCUUCAGACCUCAGCCGGCAGCCAAGCCUGGAUCCAAAUCACCCCAACCGCAAAUUCCACCGCGCCAGCAAUCCAACGCCUUGUUGACCUCGGAGCUAUGCUCGUAGGCAAAUACAAGCUUGCCCAAUUCGCCUCUGGAUCCAACCCAUGGGACUGGACCGACGAGCAGUACCCCUUCAGCCCCCGAGGCGACGGCUACUUGACCUGCGCCGGCUCUUCAUCCGGAGGAGGCUGCUCAGUCGCCGCCUACGACUGGCUCGACAAUGCCAUCGGCACCGACACAGGGUCAUCCAUGCGCCGUCCCGCCGCCGUCUCCGGCACAUAUGGCAACCGCCCCAGUCAAGGAAUGAUGACUCUCGACGGCGUCGUCCCCGUCAGCUGGGCCCAAGACACCAUCGGAGUCUUUGACCGCGAUCCUAUCUCCUGGUCCCAAUUCGCCAAAGCCUGGUAUACCCCAGCUCUGCACCAAAACACCUCCAUCACUGGCCUCCCUCCCCUCUCCAUCCCCAACACAACAACCGCCUUCCCAUCCCGCAUCCUCUACCCCGACGAAUACUUCCCCAUGCCCAACCCAUCCGCCCAAGCCAUCUUCACCUCCUCCCUCACCCGCAUCUCCACCCUCUUCAACAUGACCAUCCACCACUUCAACCUCACCGCCACCAUCACCUCCGCCGCCAUCUUCCCCGACACCACCCUCAACUGGGACCGUCUCGCCAACAACACCAUCGCCCUCACCACCUGGCCCCAAUACCUCACCGUCGCCCAACCCCUCAUCUCCACCUGGUCCGCCCUCCACAACCACCGUUUCCCCCCCGUGGACCCCCAAAUUCGCACUCUCUGGACCUCCCUCGACCCAUCCACCCUCACCAACCAAGACGCCUACACCCAAGCCCUCCAUUCCCGAGCCCAGUCCAUAUCCUGGUUCGAACGAACCAUUCUCACCCAAUCCCCGACCACCUGCUCAGACUCCCUCAUCAUCUGCGACGAAAACACCGGCGGCCUCCCUAGCUACCGCGAACAAUCCCUCAAUAAACCCCCCAACGCGACCCUCCUUACCACUUACCCAGGUGGCGCCGCUAUACCCUGCAACACCAUCUGUUCUCUCUUCGGAUGCGCAGAUUUCACCAUCCCCCUCAACCAAACCCCCUACCUCUCCCCCAUCAGCAAAAUCCCCGAACAAUGGCCCGUAAGUAUGAAUCUCAUGGUCCGUCGGGGGUGCGAUUUCAUUCUCUUCGAUAUGGUGGAGAGAAUGGCUGAGGCGGGGAUUAUUUCGGCUGUGAAGACUGGGCGGACUGCGUAUUAA